UGCUGCCUUGCGGACCAAACUAGCCAAGCACCCAAUCAUGGAUGCGACUCGUUUGAAAAGAAAGCGCCAUUGCCAUUUGCUGUUUGCUUGCCUCCGUUGAAAUCCUGCAACACGGACAAGCGCAAGCGGCGCAAAUGUCGACAAAGAAGCUAGCCAAAGAAUUGGGCCUGCUGAGGCAGUCAUCCGCGGGGCCAAAGAAGACUCUGCUGUCAAAUCAAAUAUUUUCAUACCUGAUUGUCAUUGAUUUUGAGUCCACAUGUUGGCGAGAGAAAAACAACCUCACUCAAGAAAUAAUCGAGUUCCCGGCCGUUCUUCUCGAUACCUGCACGGGUGAGAUGGAGUCGGAGUUUCACGCGUACGUUCAACCUCAGGAGCGGCCCGUACUGUCAACUUUCUGCACCGAGCUCACCGGGAUCACACAGAUGCAGGUGGAGGCGGGGGUCCCGCUCCAGAUUUGUCUGUCUCAGUUCGGCCGCUGGCUGCAGAAGCUGCGCCUGGAGAAGGGUGCCGUCUUUGCCGCCCGGCAACAGAGCUCCUCGGCCCAGCCGCCCGGCCAAAAGCUCUGCGCUUUCCUCACGUGGUCAGAUUGGGAUCUCGGCGUUUGCUUGCGCUACGAGUGUCAACGCAAGCAGAUCCACAAACCCCACGUGCUCAACAGCUGGAUCGAUUUGAGGGACACGUACAGGAAAUUCUACGACAGGAAACCCCGAGGUCUGAACGGAGCACUGCAAGACGUGGGAAUAGAGUUCUCUGGCAGAGAACAUUGCGGUCUGGACGACGCCAGGAACACGGCUCGGCUGGCGGCCAGGAUGAUGAGGGACGGCUGCGUGAUGAAGAUCACAAGGAGCUUGGAGAGGACACCCUUGGCAGCCAAACCUGCGCUGAGAGAAAAUUGCCGAAAGGCCCCCGGCCCCAACAGAGCAAGCCAUCAGACUGCGAUCAAUAAAACAAGGUCCACCGAGGAAAACAGCCUUCAGGUCCGAGGCUCCCUUCAAAGCCUAAAGACACUUGUGGGUGGGAGGACAACACCGCUGUGGGGCAUCUGCAAAGAGAACAACGGCAACGGCCCGCUUCCGUGCUCCUCCGUCGUUGGCGGCCCGCAAAUUCCAACCUCGAGGGAGGAGGAGUUCUCCGUGGAAGACGAGGAGCGGUCCACGUACGACGACGUGGUUCUGGAGGAUGGCGCCGAGGGGGCGCUUGUUUCGCACGACGACGCGGAGAAUCCUGAGGCGAGCAAAUCAAAAGAAGCCUGCCCGUUCAAGCCCAAUUGCUUCUUCCUCCGGGAGAGGGCGCCUGGCCCUGAUGUCGCCAUUGGCGUCGCCGCCCUUUCCACCCAUGGGAAGGUGACGUCGCCACUCUGCCACUGUGGACGACGCGCCAAGCGUCUGCGGGUGUCCAACGGGGGACCCAAUCAAGGAAAGGGGUUCUACUGCUGCGCCGGCCGCCGCUCAGUUGGCGGCGAGCAGACGGGGCCAACCCAAAAUAAGCGGUGCCACUUUUUCCAGUGGGAGUCGGCCCUAAAGUCCAGGUGGUCUAUUUCGACGUCUCGCGUCAGAGCCACGCGGCCGCCUCCCAAGUCCAUGUUGAGGAAGAGCUGGUAACGCUCAGUAAGUCAUUUGAGGGCUUCACAUUAUGCUUGCAAGCCUGAUGUGGAGGGGCGGAAUGAUUUGGGGGGGAAAAGUAUUGCAGUUAUUUAUAUUUUUUACUUUUGAACAAAACGAGCAAUCAUUUAGAUUGUACUCCAAUAAACAAGAAAGAUGUCACAGA